AAAAAAUAAUUAAUUGAUAGUGAGUCUGAAUUGAUUGAUUGUAUUAUCGGUAUAUAAGGUUCAUUAUUCUUUACACGUUAGUAUCAUGUUAUUUAUUUGACGUAUCAUGUGAAAUGGCUUACGUAAUAAAAUAAAUUAUCAUGAAUAGAAUUUUAUCAGUAUUACCUUGAAUAAAGCUACGAUUGUAUUCUUUAUGUUACUCACAAUCUAUUUUACAUAUUUCGCGGUACGUUGCUCGAAGUGGUUUUUAGGUUAAGUGUUAAAGAAAAAAAUUUCAAUUAAUAUUUAAAAUGCGUGCGGCUAUUGCAAUAUUUUGUGUUUUUUUGGGAUGCUGCACCAAUGUGGUCUUUUUGGAACUUCUUGUUAAAGAAGAUCCUGGUAGUGGAAAUUUAAUAACAUUCUCACAAUUCUUUUUUAUAUCUUUAGAAGGAUUUUUAUUUACAUCCAAAUGUGGAACUGUAAGACCAAGCAUUGGUAUAAAAGAUUACCUCAUAUUAGUAGCAAUGUUUUUUAUUUCCAAUGUUUGUAACAAUUAUGCAUUUGAUUUUAAUAUACCGAUGCCACUUCAUAUGAUUUUUAGAGCUGGUUCUCUAAUAGCAAACAUGAUAAUGGGUAUAGCAAUAUUAAAUAAACAUUAUUCAUUUAGCAAAUAUUUAUCUGUUUUCAUGAUUACCAAUGGAAUUGCAAUAUGCACUAUUGUCAGCGGCAAAGAAAUUAAAUCAUUACAAGCUAAGAACGUUGAACACAUUCCAACUACACCAUGGGAUGAUCUUUUUUGGUGGAUGUUAGGUAUUACAUUAUUAACUGUUGCAUUAUUUGUUUCCGCUAGAAUGGGUAUCUAUCAAGAGGUCUUACAUGCACGAUAUGGAAAAAAUGCAAGAGAAGCUUUAUAUUACACGCAUUUAUUAUCGUUUCCAUUUUUUUUACCUCUGACGUUUAACAUUUAUGACCAUUUUGUUUUGGCAAUGGCAUCGGAAUCAUUGAUUAUACCUGUGAUUAAUUUAUCAAUGCCUAAAGUAAUCGUCUAUUUAAUUGGAAACGUUCUUACGCAAUAUAUGUGCAUAAGUUCUGUGUUUGUUUUAACUACAGAAUGCACAUCUCUUACUGUAACAUUGGUAAUAACUUUAAGAAAAUUCUUCUCAUUGAUUUUCUCUAUCAUUUAUUUCAAGAAUCCAUUUACUUUAUAUCAUUGGAUCGGUACAUUUCUAGUCUUUACGGGUACAAUAAUAUUUACAGAGGUUGUAUCGAAAAUCUCUCAAAGUCUGCAAUAUGAUACUACAAAGAAAGCAAAAGUACAAUAAGUAUAUAUAGUCUUAAAUUUGUUAUUGUUUUUUUUUUGUUUUUUUGUUUAUUUAAAAUGAGGUUUUGGAAAUAAUUAAAUUGAAGCUGUAUUACUAGUAAAGAAAGUUACUUAUUUUAA